CAGGAUCUAGAUACAAACGCUGCGUUGUGUACAAGUACGUACUCUUACACAAUCAUAGGUGGGUGGAAGUAGGAGUGGCUUCAAAGGUGAGUGUACCGAUUACGUAGCGCAAGCUCUGAUUGGUCACUACCGACAGCUCUUCCGGUUUCGCGUGUACUUCAGAUUAGAGGUCGUGCACCUCCACUCAUUGCUUUUCUAGCUCUUCCUAUGUCAGAUAGAGGUGCGUCUGUAUGGCCGAAGAAGGAAUUAUAGUACACAAAGGAUGUCUAGCCAUCUCUAAACGACAAGUUCUAAAGACCCGUAAGAAAAGAUGGUUCGUGCUACAACAACAACCCGGUGUCAAUCAGAGUUCGUCGUUUUCUCUUCGCUUCUACAAAGAUCACUCGUGCACAAUCCUCGAUGGAGAGAUACAUCUCUCAAGCGUCUCUAGUCUCACAUCAUCUCAGAAGCGCUCUUUCCAGUUGAUGACAAAGGCAAGAAGAACGUACGACUUGAAAGCCGACAAUGAACGGGAGAAAAUCGUUUGGAUGGCAAAGAUACAGGAAAUCAUGAGCCAACAAUCAUAUUACGUGCAAAUGACGUCGUGUCAACAAGUCUUCCCGUUGGACCGUCUUCUUUGUGUUACCCAAGGAGAUCUCGUGCUCAUGUGUCCUGUUACUUCGCUUCCAACUCACAGCUGGAAGGUUGUCAGUCUACACUCGUUUGGCACCAGUGGACCUCAACUGUGGUUGCAGCAAUGUAAAGGGUGCAAUCAAGAGACUGCAUCGGAUCCUGUCUUUCUGACCAUUGGAUCGGGUGCCUCUGCUUGCGAGGAAAUAUUUGAACAAGUCUGCGCUGUUGCUUGUGGAACUGGAUCGCAAGAUAAAAAUGUCUUGUCACAAUCAGACACUGUCACUGGACACACAAAAACAUUUUAUCUAGCUGCUCAUCAAGGGCAUGAACAACAUUCACCCUCUCCAACUCCACAACAUGGUCAGGCUGUGUUUCUAAACAGAGCAUUGUCACCAGACACAUUAGCUACUAAUACGUCAGUAUCUGAUGACAAGUGGUCGUCCAGGUCUGUCAGCUGUGAUCAUCCUGACUCUGGUUUCAGUACCCGAUCCAACUCGGGAGUGCUCACUACUGCAAUGCCUCCAAUACUUCACCAUCACCACGAGUCAGCAGUGAGACAAGGUAGUCUUCCCAUCUCAUCCCAUCAUAGGCCUACUCGCAGUCGACUACAAAAAGGCAGCCUUCCACUGCUCGACUACCCAGUCUCAUCGGCCAGCUGUGGUUCUCUAGAUGCCUACAAGAGAUCUACAGACUAUGGAGAUGAACCUCUGGGGCCACACUAUGACAAUCGUGAUACAGAAGAUGUGUUCGUAUUCAUGACCUGCCCUGCAUCACAAUUCCCGCCUUCCAAGAAACUGGUAACUGCAAGGUCACAUUCAGAUGCCUGGCCGCAGAUGAUGAAGAAUACAAAAAUACUGACUACGGCACGAACCCACUCACACUUAAUCAUCGGAUCCACUGCAGCAAGACAGCAUCCUCCUCCAAGUCCCCCCAUCCCACCCAGACCAGCGAAGACAUUGGUACCAUCUACCAUACCAAAGAGAAAGUGCCCAUCAGAAUAACUUACCAAUAGCAAACGGAAGCUGACAGGAGCAGACAGGAUCAUACUAGAUUCAGAGAAUCGGUGACUCAUACUGCACAUAGAAUAUUCAUUGAGAGACUUAGUUUCCUAUAUUCGAAUGACUGAAGUGACUUGCUUCAUAAUAUUUUAUUCAACUAGAGUUGUUACGUGAUGAGUAGCAGUCCUUAUUUCUUUAGAUAUUCAAGUGCUUCCUAUGAGGCAACUACUAGUGUGUAGGUUGUGGAUUUGUACUAAACUCCCCGAGUUGUUGAAAGUUGCUACUUUGACAAGAAAUACAUAAGUCUAAACACGA